UGUUAUAGGGACCGUGCGCGUUGGAGGGUCUGCCAUUUUAUGGCCUGAAUCGGAACCAUAAACAUAUACAUUUACACGUCACGUGUUUUCUUGUGCAUAGUAAGUGCUGCCAUCUUGUGGGCUACAUCGGAACAAUAAACAAUCACAUUUACGCCUCGCGCCAAAAAUCUGACGGCUCCUGUGCUGUCUCCUACAGUUCAUGCACGCUCCCUAUAUAGUUUAGCAAGGCAUAUCUGUCAAAAGAAAAAGGCGGCAAAUUUAAAAUAAAUGCAGGCGCAGAGUUUUCCUCUCAUAAAAAAACGGUCAAGUGCGGGUUCGUGUUACAAAUCAGGCCCGUAAAGUUUUAUGACUUAGGCACUAACAUUAUGUGUAAAACCAGAUUGCCGCAGUGUCUAGAUAGGUUAUAAUGAUGCGACCUUGGUCAAAGAACCUGAAUAAGUCACGGCCACAGAUCACUUUCCUUAUUUACAAGACGACGAACGGUCACCACACAAAAACAGUGAAAUCGAAGUUCGCCAAUUGCGGGCACUUUCUUUCUCUGUCACUCUAAUUACAUCUUAGUGAGAGUAAAAGAGAAGAUCCCUGCAAUUUGCGAAUUUCGGUUUUCGCGGUAGGCCCCCUGCUCCCAGGCGAAAUCCGUCGCACGCGCCCGCGCCAUUUAGCGCUGUUCAUACAAUUUCUUAUUAGACGGGGCGUCCGUUCCGGAUAAUCCGCGUCAGCUAGCGGAGGCCCUAUAUGAAAAAGGAAGUGGAGUCUUUAUGUCGACGUCUAUGAUCACGGCAAGCAGGAAAAGAAUUUGUAAAGAUCCUAUUAAAGUCAAUUAAUAUCAAUACCAUCAACAUCAACCUGUAGGCCUUAAGUGAAGGUGUUCCUCUUUAUAUGAUGCUUUGUUCAAAAGAUGCAGCGAGAGAAAAUAUUAUAAUUUAGCCGACUACGAUAAUAUCGUCGCUAUACUUACUCAACCUCGUAUCUAUAUAUUAGAUACGUAUAUCAGAUACGAGUUUGAGUAAGUAUAGCGACGAUAUGUAUCACGGCGCGCUGCCGAAUAUCAUGUCGCCAUAAGAUAUUAUAUCAGACCUUCUAGCGUGAAUUGCGUUCUCGUGCGACUUCAAGUAUGGAAUCGCGCGAGAGAACGCAACUCAUGCUAGACGGUCAGAGCUGCCAAGGUAGUCAUGCGUAAUCAGAACAUGCGCUGUAACUUCUUGAUAAGAUAAUAGACACUUGUUCAGAUAAUUGUGAACACCUUGGCUGCGCCAAUAUAUUCACAUACAUUGUACUAUUGUGCUUACUAUUUGUUAAUCAACUACUAUUCGGUAAUCACACUGAUGCUCCGGUGUGUAUAACUUUUUCAUUUCUCAUGCUCUGAAAGUCACUCAUUGUUUGUCUAUGAAGGAGGGUGAAAGUAAUAUAUUUCGGCCCUAGCGUAUUUUACUUUCUAGGUAUAUAUUUUUCAGUUCAAAGUGGAUAUGUUUUGUAAUUUCCAUUCUGUAACCUUCCAUAAAUAACGAUCCUUUUACUUAAAAUGUUCAGUGUUUCAGUUCCACGUAUUCGUAAUGAAAAGUAGGGACUCGGGUGAAAACACCCAUUUCUAAGUUUGUCGCUCUUACUUUGUUCAAGCCAAAAUAUCUCGUCAGAAAUGGGUGCCUUCCAUCAGUUCCAUCUCUUGGUUAAUAAUCUAUUAUUUUGACUUUUAAAAUCUGAGGCAUAAAUAUUGAAAAAUAAGUGUUUAUUUAUUUAAUCUUUAUUGCGCAAAGGAAAAACUUAUCGUACAAAAUUAGUGUUUGUAACUUUGAAUAAAUCUCAAUUUGUUUACAUAAGAAUAUAAAUAUUGUAAAUUCUCUCAACAAGGGAGAUACAAAAACACAGAAAACAUGACGUCAAUAUAUAUGACAUAUUAUUAAUAGAUAACCCAAACAACGUAACCAAUAGCUUUUGACACAAACUUCGUGUCUCAGUAUCAUUAUCGACUUAGUAGUUACUGAAAUACGAGGUAUCUAAAAUUGCCUGUGAAAUUUAGUACUUACAAGAAAAUGACAAAUAAAUGUCAACUAGUUUGCAGAGGUCGAAAAAAUAAAUGUUUCUUAAAAUAUUGUAUAUAAAUUAAGGGCAUAGGUAUCAAGUUUCAUUAAUAUUUUAUGCAUUAUAACGGACUGCAUUUUUGCAGUAGAAAAUCAUGUGUUUUAAAAUAUAAUAAUGAAAUUUACUUUAGUUUACACAAUAGUGGUGGCUGUUUUCGUCCCAUCAAGGUGUUUACGUACUACUUUGCCUGAAGAUGGACGACUCAAUUUUACGCAACUUGGAGCAAAAUAUGGACAUUCAGUUGAAGAACAUCAAGUGAUCACUGAAGAUGGGUAUAUUUUAACAAUAUUCCAUGUUAAAGGAAGAAGAAAAACUCCAGUUUUACUGCUACAUGGAGUUGCAGACACUGCCGAUUGCUACAUAAUUAGAGGAAAUAAAUCAUUAGUUAUAUCAUUAGCGAAUGCAGGUUACGACGUCUGGGCUGGCAAUGUCAGAGGAAACAAAUAUUCCCGGAGACAUCUCAAACUGAAUCCUGAUAAAGAUAAAAAAUUCUGGGACUUUACAUUCCACGACACCGGUAAUUACGAUGUUCCCGCCAUGAUUGACUACAUUCUGAAAACCACUGGAGAAAAGAAGCUGCAGACAAUUGGACAUUCUCAAGGAACGACUGUACAGUUUGUUUUAUUGUCUAAAAGACCUGAAUAUAACGAGAAAAUAAAGCUUUUCAUUGGAAUGGCACCGGUAGCUUUCUUAACGGACUUGAUACAACCAUUGUCGACUAUUGCAAGUCUAGCCCCAAUGCUCCGUGGACUGAUAGAAUCUACAGGAAUAGAAGAAACUUUCCCUGAUAACUCUUACAUGACCAAUUUUCUGAGACUUCUAUGCAGUCAAGAUUUCCUUGGCUACGAAUUAUGCUUCUUGUGGACAAGUUUUUACAUCACCGGAUUCGAUACCAAGCGUUUUGAUGCAGAAUUCAGUAAAAUUGUCGUAGGACACUAUCCGAAUCAUACUUCAAGAAAAAAUCUAGAACACUCCAACCAACUGAUUCUUAGUAAAAGAUUUUGUGAAUUUGACUACGGACCAGUAGAAAAUUUAAAACGUUACGGCUAUAUAGUUCCACCAAACUAUGAUUUAAGAAAAGUAACAACUAAAGUUGCAUUGUUAGUGGGUGAAAAUGAUCCGUUGUCCAGGAUCAAAGAUGUAGCGAUUCUGAGAACGCUUUUACCGAACGUAGUUAAAUAUCAUGUGAUGGAAGAUAAAAUAUGGAACCAUGUAGACUUUACUUGGGGUAAUGAUAUGCCUGUUACUCUGUAUCCAAUUUUAUUUCAGCUAUUGGAUAAAUACGACUAACUGGCUUGCUACAUUUGGGUACCGAAGAUUUUUUAAUUAAAUAAAGUGAUAAAGAAUAAUCUCAAGCUCGUAAAACAAACGUACCUACUGUCAUAAUUGGUAAUCAUGGUAUUUACUUGUGCUAUUGCCUGUAUUAUAAGUUACUUUUAUGCCUACUGUGAGUAGUAAUUGUGAGCAAUUGAUUAUUAAUUUAUUUAUUCAAUUCUACGUAAUUUAUGUACGCUGUAAGAGAUUUAAACAGCCAACGUAAUAAUACGUACCUAACUAAAAAUAAGA